AUGCUGGUGCUGGUGGGACUGGCGCUGUUCCUUGUGCCUGCAGAACCCCUGACUGCCUUCCCCCCGAAGUUCCAGGUGGGGAAGCUCAACCAGGACGUGGUGGUGAGAUGUGACACUUCAGAGCAGCACAUCUACUGGACACUGAACGGGGAGGAGGAACCUAUGGCUGAACUGGUGCCUGAGGGCCAGAAGCUCACCAUUGUCGGCUUGGACCUGCCAGCCACGGGCAACUACAGCUGCUGGGCUGGCCCUGGUCACCUGCUGGACACCACCUACGUGGUGGUCAGCAACACCCGCGAGGAGGAGAUCAACGUGUCCUGCCAGGCUGAGUCCUACAACGGCUCCUUCCACUGCUCCUGGCCCGGGCCCCCCUCUGCCGUCUUCCGUGCCCGCCUCCUACGCAACGAUGGUUCCGUGGGACCGUGGGUACCGGUGGCCAGUGCCCGGGGCCUGUUCAACACCAGUCUGGCAGACGCCUUGUUCUGCCCCUUUGGAGAGGAGCUGCACCCACUCCAGCUGCACCUGGAGGGGCUCUCAGACACCUCCUACCUCAACCUCUCCAAGCACUUCUUCCUCCGCGACAUUGUGCGUCCUGAUCCGCCCCAGAAGCUGAUCCUGCAGCAGCGAGGGGAGCAGCUGCACCUGGCCUGGGCUCCCCCGGCCUCCUGGCCGCUCCCCAAGUCCUACUUUGCACUGCUCUACCAUCUAGAGUACGAGCUCCACAACGGCACCCAGGUAACAGGGGUGAUCUCUGCCCAGGGGGACCCUGCACAGGCUACCCCAUGUGCCCAGCCUGCCCCGUGCCCACCCUGUGCUGCUUCCCUUCCUGGGGUGCUGAGUUGUCACCCCCGGCUGUCACCUCUGCUCCCCGCGGCGCUGCCAGGCUCAGGGGGUGCUGGUGUCCCCCUCCCCGAGGGUCUCCCUAGACCACGCCCUGCCCCCUUUGCAGGUUGAGCAGUUCGUGGAGGGUGCGGAGGAGACGCCGGUGCCGGCGGGAGCGGGGUGGGUGCGGAUCAGCUGCCGGGAC